UCACAAAAAUAAUCGGUGACUAGUCGACUAUCAAAAUAAUCGUUUGUGGCAGCCCUAAUUAGAAUCAUCUCAGUAAAUUCAGGAACAAUAAAGUUUUGUUUGUCUCUCACAAGUAGUAAAUACAAAAACGAAAAACAAAAUCUACUUUAAUAAAAUGUAGCAAAUAUAAUAUGUAAAUAUUUCAAAAAGUAGCAGCAGCAGGAAACAGUAACUGAAGCUUUGAGUGUUUUCUGGCAAAUGUCUGAGCAAAAUAAAGGCGACUUAAUGGAAAAUGUUUAUUUGGAGAUUAUUUUUAACAGUUUCUGUCAGAUUAAAUUUUGCAGCCUGUAUGUUUAUAUAAGAGUGGAAGUGGAAGCUGUGUCCUUCCCUGUUCAUUCAAUAAUUGACCAGUUAUUCUUGUUUUGGUUGUUUUUUUGCUGCUCUAACAGAAUAAAAUCUGGUCCUGUCCCCUCCAUUUAGUCCUGAUAUUGCAUUUUUUGAACUAUGCUGCGGUUCAGGAAACAGAGCCCUGCGAUAAAAGUUUUAGGUAAUUUUAAAAGACCGAGCGCUGCUGUGAUUUGUGCCUGUCUGGAGUGUUUUCAGCUCAGUCUGACUCUAAAAUUAGAGCCUGAGCCGCCUGACUGUGUGAGGUAUGACGGUAUCUGCAGCAGCCAUCUGUGGCCGUUACGCACCGAGCUGCUCCACACUCGCGAGGACCCGACAUCAAGCGUUUCUCCGCUAUCUAACCUUGAACCCGAGACCAUGUCUACACUAACCCUCUGAAAUUGAAAGUGCAACUUGGCUGACCUUCUGUUUGGACUGAAACGUGAACUGUUUUAAAAACAGACUGAAUAAAUCCAUAAGUUUGCUCACUAGCAUAGAUGAAAACAUCUUUUUAAAACCUCAUUUUGUGCCACAGCAGCGAACUUAUUAAGCAUGUUUCUAAAUCCAGAUUAUUAUUUUUAACCCCGAGCACUAGCAGCCGUUUGGCAGGCGUCAAAGCUGGUCAAGGAUUUUAUAGGGUUCAAUUUUCCUAGCGACCGCUGGUUGCCAAGUGGUUUCCAGGUAUUUGCCAGGUGGUUGGCAGCCAGUCUCUAGGCCUGUGUGACAGCGGUCUUGGUGACGGCUCUCUGGCAGGUGUGAAAACUCGUCGAGGUUUUCUGGGGAGCCGAGAGUCUCUGAGUUCUUGUUUGGGGCAGUUUCCCACAUUUGUCCUGCACGAGGUUUCGACUUUUUGCGUUUGAUUCCUGCUAGCUGUGAUGAAACCUUCAGUUUGUGCCUCUUGUUGUGAAUGUUGAGGUGUGUUUAGGAUCAAUAUCUGUUAGAGAAACCGUCCUCUUGUCAUCUUUUUAACGCUCCCGUGCCUGCGGUUCCAGCACCGCCUGAACCAGCAUCGAUUCAUGUUUGUGCUCAACAUUCGGAGCUGAGGUUGCAGCCAAAUGUCCACAUUUAGACGUCGUCCUUGAGCGCCGUGGGGCCGGUCACAGCGGGAGGGUAACAGUGAGGAUCUGUUCAAAGAGCAGAUCAUCGUGAAAGAGAAAACCUGGCUCUGAAUGUCGUCUCUCUUUGAAUCGCACCAGCUUUCUGAAAUGUUCUUCACUUCUGAGAAACGUCCUCGUGUUCAAGGUCUUCAACUAAAAUUAGUCCCCAGUUACACAAUCGCAGAGACCCACACACACUCACACAGAUGUAAAUGCACAUGCUCACACACAUUUUUAAAAACGCCAAAUUCCUUCAGCAGCAGUCUCUCAACAAAUCUGCGUACAGUAAUUACUCUCCAAUCAGGACGAUUAAAACACCGUCGACCCCGCACACGCACAAAGCCAGAACACACACGCUCAUUAUGUCAUCUCUCCAGAGUGUGUGUGCAUCUGUGUGUGUGUUUUAGCAUCCUUUCCCCUCAGCCGUCGGUGGGGGAAUGAUACCGACGUGGUUUUUUGGAGCCACUCUGCAGCGUUGCAGCUUCACCUGCGGCGUUUAGCUGAGCUGCUGCUACUCUGCCGCUGCCGGCGGCGAGGGGAAACGAGCACUGCAAGGUCAGUGGUGAGUGUCAGCAUGUGAGGAGGGGGGAGGAGAGAGGGAGCGAGCGAGCGAGGCUGGAAACAAAAAAGGAGAGGGAGAGAGAGACUGUGGAGUCGAGGUCCACCUGGCAGGCCGUCCUCUGCGUCGCCUCCAACAAGAUGGAUUCAGAGAACAACGAGUCGGGAGUUUGCGGCUGCUGUGGGCCACUGAGGCCGAGGUACAAACGCCUGGUGGACAACAUCUUCCCCGAGGACCCCAAAGAUGGCCUCAGUAAGUCGGACAUGGAGAAGCUCACCUUCUACGCCGUGUCGGCUCCAGAGAAACUGGACAGGAUUGGAGCUUACCUGGCCGAGAAGCUGAGCAGAGACGUGGUGCGACACCGCUACGGGAAUGUGGUGAUAGCCAUGGAGGCUCUGGACCAGCUGCUGAUGGCGUGUCACUCUCAGAGCAUCAAACCCUUCGUGGAGAGUUUCCUGCACAUGGUGGCCAAGCUGCUGGAGUCUAGAGAGCCAGACCUGCAGGUGCUGGGAACCAACUCGUUCGUGAAGUUUGCCAACAUCGAGGAGGACACACCUUCCUACCAUCGCCGCUACGAUUUCUUUGUCUCUCAGUUCAGCGCCAUGUGCCACUCUACUCACGAAGACCAAGAGACCAGAACCAGGAUCCGUGUGGCCGGGAUCAAAGGUCUGCAGGGCGUGGUGAGGAAGACGGUGAACGACGAGCUGCAGGCCAUCAUCUGGGAGCCGCAGCACAUGGACAAACUGAUCCCAUCCAUGCUGUUCAACAUGCAGGACAGUGAAGACCUGGACAGGGCGGGACACCCCAACACACCAUCGGGGGCGGGUCAGGAUGGCGAGGAGAACCCGUCAGCGCUGGCUGAGAACUGCUUCAGAGAGCUGCUGGGCCGAGCGGCGUACGGCAACAUGAACAACGCUGUGCGACCCGUGCUGGUUCACCUGGAUAACCAUCACCUGUGGGACCCCAACGAGUUUGCAGUUUCCUGCUUCAGAAUCAUCAUGUACUCCAUCCAGGCUCAGCACUCGCACCACGUGAUCCAGCAGGUUCUGAACCACCUCGACACUAACAACAAGAACACGCCGCGGGUCAGAGCCGGCAUCGUCCAGGUGCUCCUGGAGACGGUGGCCAUCGCCGCCAAAGGAUCUGUGGGGCCCACCGUGCUGGAGGUGUUCAACACUCUGCUCAAACACCUGAGGAUGAGCGUGGACUUUGAGCUGGGCGACAGCUCGAGGAGGAACUCCGCCUCCAGCGUUUCGUCCGUCCGCGGUAAAGAGAGCGAGGAGCGGAUCGUCCAGAACGCCAUCAUCCAGACCAUCGGCUUCUUCGGUGGAAAUCUGCCAGACUACCAGCGAGCUGAAGUCAUGAUGUUCAUCAUGGGCAAAGUGCCAGUCUACGGGACGCCCUGCCACGCCUUGGACACAGUCAAGAUUGGGCAUCAGGGCACCAAGCGGAUCCAGACCAUGCUGCUCAGCUCCCUCAUCAUGGUCACCUCCGGCUUCAAGUCUAAGUCCAUGGCGGCGGCUCUGCCUCCUCCCUUCCUGGACCCGCUCUUCUCCAUCUCUCUGAUGGAGGACAGCGAGCUGAGGCAGCUGGUGUUUGAGAUCCUGCACAACAUCCUCGACCGCCACGACAACCGCGCCAAGCUGCGCGGCAUCAGAAUCAUUCCUAAUGUCUCCGCACUGAAGAUUAAGAGAGAGAAGAUUUCCAAGCAAGACGUCGCGUUCAUGAAGAAGCACGGCCAGCAGCUCUACCGUCACAUCUAUCUGGGCUGCAAAGAGGAAGAUAACGUCCACAAAAACUUUGAGCUGCUCUUCACCACCCUCGCCAUUCUGACCAUCGAGCUGGCCAAUGAGGAAGUGGUCAUCGACCUCAUUCGACUCGCCAUCGCGCUGCAGGAAAUGGCUCUUAACAACGAAGAGAACCUGCCCAUGUUUAUCCGCUGCGGCAUCAUGGCGUUGGUGGCCGCGUACCUCAACUUCCUGAGUCAGAUGAUUGCCAACCCGCCCUUCUGCCAGCACGUCAGCAAGGUUAUUGAGUUGAGGAACAUGGAUGCUCCUUACCUCCUCCCAGAGCACAUCUUCAGAGACAAGUGUCCGCUUCCUGAAUCUUUGGACAAAGAGGACAGCCAGCUGUACUUCCAGACGGCCGACAUGGCCGAGUGUUUGGCCGGGCCGGGGUACAACGCCGAGCGCCUCUCCAUCCCCUACGUUCCUCAGGUCACAGGUGAAGAACGUCUGUCCAGGAGGCAGAGUUUCGUGGACACCGUCUCCCUCCAAGUGGACAUCAUUUCCAACAGCCUUCCAGAAAAGUCGCAGCUGGCUGAGGAGAUCACGUUUGAGACCCUGAAGAAGGCCAUCGACACCACCGGUUUGGAGGAGCAGGAGAGGGCGAAGAGGCGCCAGGUGAUGGAGAAGUUCCAGAAAGCGCCAUUCGAGGAGAUCGCCGCCCACUGCGAAUCCAAGGCAAACAUGCUGCACGACCGGCUCGCACAAAUCUUUGAACUCACAAUCAGGCCUCCUCCCAGCCCGUCCGGAGUGGUUUCCAUCUCAGCGGGACACACCCAGCAUCAGUCCGUCCCCGUCUACGAGAUGAAGUUUCCAGACCUGUGUGUCUACUGAACGCACACAUCCACAAACCAGCUCACACGCAACAUUGAAAAUGCACAGAAAGAACAACACACUCACAUCUGCACUCCAGUCUCCUCUGUUCAGGUGGCCGGGAUGCCGUCAGGGACGAAGUUUAAAUCCUGUUUGCCGUCUUCACUCAAACCUGCGUUAAUCCACGCUGCUCUGAUUGGUUACACUUUGUUUCCUGACUCGCGUCCCUGAAGCCAAACUGAACUUUUGAGUCACCAAGAACAAAAAACAACAACAAAACCCAUAAACUGCUUCCACUCUGAGGUUUUAGUGUAUUUCUCAGACGUUGCUUCUCUGUUCCAGUCCAGCCAAAGCUUCACUCCUUGUACAUACGCUCUUAAAAAAGCAGCGUGAGGCUCACAAACGCAGCUCCUGCCUCCUAACAACUAUCUGUCUCCUGUCAGUAGCCGUCGGUGCCGUCACUGAUUAGUAGGAAUGUGCAAUAUACAUAUAUAUAUAUAUAUAUCUAUAUUAGCCGUCAGCUAUGAAAACUGAAAUUACAUAGGUGGUGGUAGAAAGCAGUUUAGUUUCAGGCUCGCUGCUCCUCAGCUCUUCGCUCUAAUCUUCAGUCUUUGCUGUUUAAGAUAAAAGUGUGUCACAAAUGACUCCAACAACCAGCUGAGUUCUUAUAAGUAAAUUCAAUGACAGCAAUACUCGAACUGCUUGGCAGCGACACUCAAAAGCUGAAGAGUCGACGUUUGGACGAGUAGAAAUGGGCUCGCUCGUGUUUGGUGAUGACGUGAUUGUUUCUGAGAGGCGUGAGUCUGUAAGAGGAAGGUCAAGAGGAGUGUUCAUGUCCAUCAGCUCCCACCUGAGACUC